GAGCCCUAUUGCCCACCCGCCACCAUGAUCAGUAUACAGUUUUCACAAUAUGGCCGCCAAGUCCCAAGUUAUGAAAUGUGUCCCCCAAAGAAGGACUUGUAUCAAGAUGAAUGGUUCCAGGAGGAUACCAACUGCCUAGCAACUACCUCUCUCAGGGUAAGGGAAUCUUGGCAACCAACAUCUGUCAGGGGAAAUAACUGCAGACAGAAAACUCAUAAUGUGAAGAAAAUUUGUUCAUUCAAGUUUUUGAAAAUGCAUGUACUUGUGAAAUCUCUUUAUUUUUAGAAUUCUUUUUCUAUCUGAUUGUUGGGAGAUGUUUGCACAAACUCUACUAACUUUCACUAUCUCUUUUUCUGGUACAAUGGAUCCCAUUUGGUUGAAUUUUAACACCCAAUGCACUUUUCAGAAUUUGGUGCAAUGAAUAUUUACCAAGCACUGAUUUGAAAGUUGGACAGGUACAAGCAAUGUGUCAUUCGAUGUCUAACAAAAGCAUAAGAAUUGUCUGAUUUUCAUGGAUACGCCCAGUGCAAACCCUAUUUAUUGUAAUGAGUAGUUUUUGAGCAACUCCUAUUUGGUCAGUGACAUAGAUCCUAUUCUGCUCCAACAAAAAAAUGUUACGCUUUGAUCCGGCUCUGUUUACCAGAAAAUUAAUGAUCCCAGUAAAGAUACUAUGUUACAGCCUCUAAUUUGUUUGCAUAAGGUUGCUCACAGGUGCACCUAGCCAUUUGUUUCUUAAAAGUAUUAAACUGAAGGAAUUGUGAUCUUUUAACACGGCUUAAUUGACCUAUAGUGAUAGACACAGGAUUUGAAGUAAUAGAUUUUCAUACAUUUAGGCCACUUUUGCACAAAGGAGAAAAUUUGUUUUCAGCUUCAAUUGCUUCUAUAAUGGUCUUUGAAGUACCAAACUGUAUUUGCAUUCAACUUUUAAUACAGUAUAUGAUAUGUUAUUGUUCUCUCAUCAUCUACUGAGAAUUAGUUCUUAACUGAAUUGGUUGUCCACAGACUCCACACUACCAGUCUUGUGUGUCUGUAAUUUAAAGAUUUGGGGAUGGUGAUCCGAAUUUCAAUGACAGAUUUAGAAGAAAUUACAGUGAAUUGACCUUGAACAGAGACCAUUAUCUGAAACAGCUCAGUUGGAAUUGAGUGGCUUCAGAAAUCUAAUAAGGAAUUGAAACAUUCUACAUAUAAAGGAGAAAGCAACACAGCAAGAAAUUCCCCCGUUAUUUGGUCACUGAAUGUUAAUGCUCGAAUUGUAAAGGAUGACAUUUAUGGAGGUGCAAAACACUGACUCACCAGCAGGAACAAAACCACACCUUCAGAGAUUGGCUUUCACUAGACAGAGUCGUAUACCUGAAAAUGGGGGAUAUUAAACAGAAACCCAAGCUCCCAGUGUCACCACGCUCGUAUUUUUUUCUGACUUUGAUUGCUCCUGGCCACACAUUUUAAAUGUCUGUUUUAAUUUCCCAUUUUUCCACAGCAAGAUUGCGAUUUUAGCUUACCUGAACGAGAGGCUAAAAUGUUUUUAUCUUUUGAAAGAUCAUGCUCUCUUGGGGGAAGAAUUACUUCAACAUAGCUGAAGAAAAAAACUAGGUUCAACCAUUCAAAAAUUCCCUUUUCCAGAACAUGGGGCCAGAAAUAUGAAAAGUACAGUAAAACCUGGGAGGCAUUUUUUUUGUCAGAAUACACAGUGUGUCAGAAUAAACAGUGUAAAAAACAAUGGAAAUAUAAAAUUGGGAUUGAAAAUAAGGGUCGGAGUGCCCAGUGAAACAGAUUGCACAGGUGUUGGAUUAGGCAGUUUUCACUGUAAUAUCAAAGCUUCAAUGUAUAGUGUAAAUUCAAGUUUGUUUUCACCAUAGCUUAAUCCAAGAUUUUGUUCUCAACCACAAUGGGGGUUGAAGUCCAAAGUGUGCAAAUAGUAAAAAUCUUUGACAUGCAUAGCAUUGAUUUGUAAUGUACAUAAAUUCUAGCAUCAUGUUCAAAGUCUGGCCUUUAGGGCUGAUAUAUAAAGCCAUAUUUCAAGAAUAGCUGAAGGCUACAAUGAAGCAAAUUAAUCUGUAAACAUCUUCAUUCAAGUGUGUUCAAACCAAAUUAGGAGACUGUGUUUUUUAUCCAGAAAGAGCAAGCAUAGGCUGAUUCAAGUGAACGUAUUUAGACUAAUGGUAGUAGAAGUGCAUCACAGGUUACAUGUGCUUGAUAUGUGUAGUAAUGUAAAAAAAAAAAAACAACAACAACCGAAAAACAAACAACCAAUCAUUGAUCCCCCUGUCAUGUUAGUGAUGAAGUCAUUGUGACAAUAGUCCAUAUUGUACAAGUAGUAAAAUUAAUGUGCACAUGAGAAUGACGACCUUUGGUCUCUACCCUAAUGAUCUGGGGGUCAGGAUGCUUUAUUUCCGCUGGUCCGGGGUGUGAUUUACUGUUAAGCAAACAUUGUUCAAUUACCAGGGUAAGUCACUCCAAACAGGAACCUUGAUUCAACAAGCGACAUUCCAUGCCAACUUUUUCUCCAUUCUUCACCAGAGCCCAUUUCCGUGUGUAUUACAGAGCACGGGUUGGAUUGAACGCUUGAUAUUUGUGAGGAUGUUAUUUCUAUUUCUUGACAAGAUGUGUCCAUAUUUUGCUUUGGUCCCAGGUAGACCCAAGAUUUGUCAGGUGAUUACAAUAACCCACCUAUCAAUGUCAGAACUUAGGCAAUCUCAUCAAAGUGUGGAUUUCAACAGAUAAGAUUGUGUUUUGGAAUUUGUUAAUAUGAGGACUCCAGGUACCAACUAGGAGUGGUAGAACAAAAUGAUGGAAAUGAGGGUUAGCCAUGGAAGAGACAAUGUGGAGGAGAGGCUUGCUGUGAAAGGAGAGGAGGAGGAGGAGGGACAUAUAAUUGCCAUAUUCUUUUCAUGAUCCCAAAGGAAGAAUUGCAACCUAAAACGUCCAAUCCAGUUUUGAUAGUUGCUUGAAAUUGGUUGAUUUAAUUAUCUAUUUAUUUUUUCCCCUAAUACUUUUAAAAGAGAUUUUGAAUUACUCUCUACAAUAUAGGUAGCAGAUUUGUCCAACUCAGUUUUGAUAGUUGCUGGAAAUUUGUUGAUUUGAUUAAUUUAUUUUUUUGCCCAAUAUUUUUAAAAGAGAUUUUGAAAUACUCUCUACAAUAUAUAGGUAGCUGGAAAAUCCAAAUAUAUGCGUUAUCAGAUGUUUAAUUUGAUAGAUGACCAAGCCUUCUCAGUCUUUCAUCUUCCUGAUAUCUAUUUUCUCGGUCAAUUUAAGGGAAUGCAGUUUCUGUCAAGAUUUUUUUUCCAAGGUAAUAAACACUCAUCUUGAUAUCUGAAGUACCAGGUAAAUGUUUCCCAAAGCCACAAUUGAAGUACGACAUUGCAAAGUGAACGCAUUGUUGACACAUCCAACGUUCUGUGGUCUAUUUACAUCACACGACAAUGAAGAUUACCCCGUAUCAUCACCUAUAUCAAAUGAUCUUCCAAAUGUGAUCUUUAAACACGAUAAUUACACUUGAUAACUGAAGUGAGGAUUUCCAAAUUUCUGCUUGUUGUGUCCAUUUCUAAUGAGAUGUUGCAUGUUGCCUUUGUUGCGUUGGAAUCUGGUGACACUUUUGAUCUUCUAUAAACACAAUGCAGGGUAAUCGAAACCAAACUCAAAGGCUUUUUGUUACGCAAUGGUUUUACAGUGUGAGAAUUCUUUUUAAUCAUUUAGCAUUGUUACCAAUGCAAGUCCUUAAAAUAAUUAACUGUACAUAGUUAAAAUGCUUACUACUAUUUCUUAAAACUUUUCAAGGCAAAUAAAAUAAGAAUCAAACCUACUCAUGUAUGAUGUUUUACAUGUAAUAACUGAAUUACACCCACCCACCUUGUGUCCACCUACCCACUUUUAUCCUCACUUUGACAUGGAACAUUAAGGUAAAUGUAGGUCAAGGUGUGUUAACCUUUGAGAUGUAUAAGGUGUGAAAAAAUGUGGGAAUAUCUAGGGGAGAAACCAUCCUGGUAUUUUUACCAGUGUAUAUGGGCAAUAAAUAAGAGUUAAUGCAGUGAUAAACUCUGUGUUCCAUGAAGUAUUGCAGUUAAAUAAAGGUAGAGCUGGGCAAUUAGGGGGAGACAAUCAGUACUUGGAGAGAGGCAGGGCAGGUGGUAGUGGAACCUUUCCCCAAUAUAAAAGACAUUAAUGCCUUGCUAAAUCUCAAUAGGUGAGUUUCUCCCUUUGAUCUAAUCCCCAUUUUGCAUCCAUAUAUACUAUACACAUUUAUUAUUUAAAGUUUCAAAGCAGUUUUCAUUUGAAGGUAAUGAACAAGUAUUGAUAAUUCUCAGAAGAUCAAAACUUUUGGCGAUCUAGAAAUUUCACUCAUAAAAGUUUGUACAUGCAUAUGGUGUCUUGAAUUUGUAGUUUCAGAAUUUCAUUUGUGAUGAUAAUUCACUUAACUAUAAAUAUUAUGCAUCACACACUCACUCGAUCCCUGCAAACAUUGGAAAACUAAGUGAUAAUUACAAUACUUCUAUAUAUUAUUACCUCCAAUCUCAAUGAUUAUCUUCCAUAUACUUUCUUAGUGCUAAGAAUUUUUACAUUUCUACAGCAAGAGCAAUUUUUAUUCUAUAUGAAUGUCUGUCAGCAUGCAGUUUGACAAGAUGAUUGCAGUUUGAUGUUAACACUUUAGUGGUCAUGUGUUGACAGGGAGCAGAAUAAACUUUACAACUCUUUUUUAGCAAAAUCUUUUUCAUCACAAAGAACGUAGAUUAGUUAUGUAGAUAAUGUCCUAAUUUUUACGUGCCAUUUGUAAUGUUUCACACCGCUGAAUAAUAAAGAUUAGCUUUGCAAUCAUCUUAUAAUCAGUUUGAAGUCAUCAAAUCUUUGUUUCCAGUAAUAUGUCUAUAAAGCAAUAUGUAAAUGCUAUCAUUUGUGUUUGACAUCGUUGGUCCAUAGCUUUCAAAUCAAAAUCUAGAGCGCACAAUAACUGUUUGUGCGAUUUAAACUGCAAGAUUUCACAUACAAAAAAAUCUCUAUUGAUUCUUUUUUCCUACCCAUAUUUUAGUUUAUUGUGCAAAGUUCUUUAUGACAAGAAAGUUUGUGUGUGAUCUUGUGAUAACAAACUAAAAAAAAAAUUUCUUUUCAUUAAAAAGAAAAAUCACCUUUAAAAAACAAUAUUCAACAUUUAAUCAUUUAGGUGUGUGUGUGUGGUGUGCUUAUAGUUAGAAUUACAAAAUUGGAAAAUGUUUUAGGAGAUCAGAAUACCUUUUGGAUUAGGGGCACAAAGUCACAACUGGAGUAAACGUGGGUUGAGUUGUAAGACUAUCUGGGAUGGCUUGGUCACCUUUUGUCAAGUGGUCCCUGUUUAGAGAACAUUUUGUUUGCUCCUAGCUCUACCCUUUUGUGAAUUGAUGUGUUUAGGAGGGAAUAUUUUUUCAAAGACAGUGAAAUCAUGUGAGGAAUGUACUAUCCUACCCUUAAAAAAAACACUUCCUUUUAUAAAGUUUCACACCAUGGGAAAAGAAUAUUUUUUGAAAAAGUGAUGAAUAACUUUUAUGUUCACUGUUGUGAAUUCAGGAGUUGACAAGGAUCUUGUUUUUUAUCAGAUUUAUAUGGACAUAAAUUUGAAUAUUCAGACAUUUAGGGAUUGAAGUGCUCUUUGUGUUUUCUGAACUUUGGACCUCCCAUUCAUGUUGAAAGACAACUUUUACUAAUAAUUAAACUGAAUGCAAAUUGGUGCCAACAUUUCCCCUGCAUGGUAUACCAUUGUCUCUCAUCUGUCUAAGACACAAGAGUCAGAAAACGCUCACUUGGAAACUAAUGGCCUCGUAAAUAUACAGUUGCCCUGGAUUUGAAAGAAAUUUUGAUCGAAAAACCAAGCCAAGUUUCCUGUUAAAGAGGUCGUAGAAUUUGCUGUUAUUGCAAAUACACGUGUAGGGACCAUUAGUGCUGAAGGACAAAAAGAACCCGUUAAUGAAUUUUGACAUGCUCUGGAAUAUGCCUUUCGAUCUUUGUCAUCUUAAUGAGGAAAUUUAAAUCCAUUUGUAAUGAAACAGCAUUCCUACAGAGGGAAAGACGAUCCCUUGGCUUUUAUGGGAAGGGAUUAGGGACUGGAUAAUCAUCGAUUUGCCGAGGAUCAAGUUUGGCUGCUCCCACUGAAGUGUAAACGGUAACAAGCCAGAGACUAGAACCCUUCAAAUGGCCUUCAGAUCAAAAAUCAAUGUUACCUAAGCUGUCAAAAUAAGGCUAUAUGGCAUUUUUCUAGUCUGUAAGUCAUUAUGAAUUCAAGUCAAGAAUUGAUUUUUAAUUGGAACUCUAAUUAUGUUUUCACAGAAAGGGCUUUUCAUUAACUUCAGUGGGUUUUUUUUUUUCUUUUUCAGAGAGUACACUGCAAAUUAAAUUGGCUAUAAAUUGAAAAGAAUCACAUACAAGAUGUAUAGAUAUAUAAGGAUUUUUUUCACAUUUUUUUAAGCAUCUGAGAAAUAGAGCCCAACUGUUGAACAUGUUUAUGUGAAAUACUCUCUUAGAUGAUCCCUCCGAGUGGCUGCCUUACAAUAAUAGUUUAGCUAAAAGUGCAACAUUAAUUGGCAGAAAUUUUGGCACACUUUGGUGCAGAAGGAAAGAUAUAUGCAUUUACUCUAGGGAAGGUGAACAGGUGGAUUUUGGAUUCUUGGUUUUCGAUUUUCAUUGACCUAGGAAUGACCAAUGAAGAAAUAAAGAAAUAGAAUACCAAGGAGGCAGUUUUUGCUUGCGGGUGGCUGAGAGGCAAAGUGGUCAUUACCUUGAAUAUGAGAAUGCUGGUGCUUUCCUUUAGAGAUUAUAAUUAUACCUCUGAAUCAAUAUAAAUGUCGGCUUCAACUCAUUGACACACAUCAGCACUGAUUCUGAAAGUAUUGGAAUUCGAAUCUGGCAAUAUAGGGUCACUGGUAGGAAUCAAUUCUGGUGCGAGAAGAAGCGUGUGUAUCUUGAUCAAUGCAGAGUUUUUAGUUCAGUGAUGCAGAAAAUGUGUGGCAUGUUUGCACAUCAGAAUAAUUAAAGCUCAUAAAAGUGGCAUCACUACCCACUGCAAGGGAAUCUUCCAAGAGUGUUUAUCUCUCAGGCUCUCUAUCUUCCAGCAUCAGAUGAUUUGGAAAAUAUUUUCUUCCUCGGUUUUUGUCAAAAUCCAAUUGUGCUCAAUGGAUUAAUUAUUAAUUUGUGUGGAGAAGCAGGAAUCAUUUGCAAAAGAGAACUUGGAGAAUUAGCCGCCUGCAUGCAGACAAGUAGUCAUGGUCUUUAUUAUCAGACAACUGUAAAAGGUUAUAGACAGCAUUGGAAGUUAACAGGAAAAGUGUCACACAGUGCCUCUGGGAAUGAAAGUAUUGAUAAUGUAACACUGAAGAUUUCUUCUGUAAAUUACAUGUCUCAGUAAGGAAGAAAACCUGAAGUAAUUGCUGGCUGUAUCAUUAUGCCCAGUAAAGAAUCACAUUGCCAUAGAUACUGGUGCAGCAAUAUGUAUGUUUCAUGUUUGAUAUAGAGGGGAGAAUUGGGAGGUAGAUAGAAAAAGAGAUUAUUGUUGUCAUUAAGUGAUGAAUCUGAUGUUACAGGAAAGAGUGGUUGUCAGGCCAGAAUCCUGAAUUUUAUUAAGAAGGAAAUCCCCAUGGAGAUUUUCAUUGUCAUCAUCUAGUUGAGAAAUAAUACAUGUGAGUUCUCUGCAGAGGCUGUGAGAAGUCACUCAGGACAUCUUUUUGAAGUGUUCCAGGGUAUUUUGGAAAUUUAUUGACCACUCGACUUCUUGACGGAUCCCUAUGAAGAUGCUGUCAUGGUUGUAAUAACUGGAGGUUAGGGACCAGAUGCCUAUAUGAAAGUAACACUAAUUCAAUAUUUAUUGACACAUCCACAAUAAGCAUCUAAAUCUGCAAUCAUUGUGAGUUUAGGGGGAAACCCUCUUUAACAACUCCUACAUUUUUUUACUGGACUUCAAAAGAGGUGUGUGUUCACAGAGAAGUGUUAGUUUUAGCUGUUGUGGUUUGUUUCUGACAUUAGCCAGGGGAUUUACGAGCAUUUAGUUAGAUCAUCCCCUCCUCUGGGUUAAUUGUCAGGGAGAAGGAGGAAACAUGCAGAACUUGAUGUAGUCCUCAUGAACAUUUGUUUAUUCUUGAUGUGUUAUCAGAACUGUGACCCCUUUGGAGGUUGUUCCAGUGUGUGAUUUUUUUUCUUUCUAAAACACUUCAGGAGUGAAUGAAAAAAACACCCAUUGUGAUAAAAUUUCGAUAGAUAUUGAAUGGACGCCAUGGAAAUGGUUCCACGAAAACAGGGAGAACUUUACACUUGAAAGAACGAAAUUUCAUGGCUGGCCAUUCAUAAUGAAGAUUAGGAAUAUUUAUGUACAUGUGUAUGUGUACAUCGCCUUUGUAAUGGUUUUGUUUGAUAGCUGUCAGAACAGACGUCAAUGUAAGGUCACGGCCAACACCAACACGUUUAGACAGGACCCAUGCCCCAAGACGUCCAAAUAUCUCAAAGUCUCCUACAAAUGUAAUCCAAGCGACUUUUCUAAUGUGACUGUCUGCGAUGGGAAGCAGAUGAUUCUGCGAUGCCAGAAGCGGCUGAAAAUUGUCAUCAGUGAUGCCAUUUAUGGAAGAAUGCCACAGGACACUUCCCUGUGUUCCGGUAGCACCCCAGCAGACUGCAGGUCCAGUACUGCUGUAGAGAAGGUGAUGAAGAAGUGUCAUGGCCGUAAUCGGUGCGCCGUAGACGUGGAGGAGUAUGUGUUCGGCAAUCCUUGCCCCUCAGCAAUUCCUAAAUACCUCAAAGUCAUUUAUACAUGUGUACCUAAAAAUAUAUUGAAGCACAACAUAAGACAUAGGAAGAAUAGGAAGAAAAAAGGGCGGACCACAGCAGCCAUUGGAAACAACACAGAUACAAACAUUCCAAAGUUCACCACAUCUAAACCAGAUUCUGACAUGUAUCCUAAAGAUCAGGAGAGAGAGAAGGAAGACAUAACAAUCAGCAGCAAUGAAGAUAAAGACUCCAAGAUGGAGGAAAACACCACCGAUCAUUGUGUGAACUAUACUCUAGCGCCACCAGAAUCAGUGGUGCCCUCUAGUAGCAGGAAGGGAUCAGCAACUGGCCUGGUUGUCGAUUGGCUGAAUACUUUUAAUUUCUUUGAUAAGAAUCGAGAGAAAGCAUUGCUGUACAUGAUAUUAGGUAUCUGUGUCGGAGUCAUCAUUUUUCUACUGGUGAUCAUAAUCAGACUUGUGAUAAUUAACAAACAAAAGAGACGGGCCACUCUGGAUGUGACAGACCCCGCCCACAGUAAUACACAACCCCCACCCCUGGAUAACAGCGCAGAGUCCCCCAUGCUGCCGAGGAGUGAUUCAAUAGACAGAAUUGAGGUUGUGAGAUUCGAGCCUCGGAGAACAAUAGCACGAGCGAGUUUGAUAGAUAAUGGUGAUAGAACUUUAAAUCAUUAUUAUGGAUGACAGCGGUUAAUAUGCAAUAGUUAUCUUUUCAUUUUAGCGUGAAUUGUUAAAGGUUGUUAUUACAAGGUGCUAACUGUUGUUUUGUAAGUCUUAUCUGCUGAUUUUGUUUUUUUAUCUGUUGAAAAUAUUUUUGUAGAAAGCCACCAUUUAUCUUCUUGUUCUGAUAUUGAAAUGCAUUUCAAAUGGAAUAUCAAUGGACUGAAAGGACUAGAUUUAACACAAAAUUAGUUUUACAGCUACUUUCCUCCUUGGUCAAGUUUAAUUGAAAUGUUACAUUGGUAGAUUAAAAAAAAGGACAGAUUUAGAGAUCGUAAAUUAAUUAGAUAGUGCUAAAACCAGUGUAGAAUUAUUGUAUAGGUUAUGAAUCUUCGAAGGCAGAAUUUAGUGUGGUUUAGCUAACCUGAGCUAAAGGAAAAUGACGUAACUGCACAGUUAAAUAAUAGGAGGAUCUUCCAUUAUUCUAUUUACAAUCUCAUUAGUUUAUGGAAGACAUAUUUGUUUUCUACAAUGAAAUAGGGCACAGAAUGAUAUUUUAACUCACUAGGACUGGAAUUCCAUGUUGCUGUAGAAAUACUAUGAUUUCUAUAAGUUUUAACCCAAGCUCCAUUUAGCAAUAUGAAGGUAAACUUCUAGUCCAGAAAGUUUAGAAUGAAAAUGUAUAAAACAAUAUCCCCACAGAAGUGCUGCUUUUUUUUUAAUAUAGUUUGUGUAAAUAUGUCAUUGAAAUACAUGACAUAUUAUACAACUUUCUUAAUAUUAAGCUUAUUUCAUGAAAAAAAGAAGAAUAUUUUUAUACAUGACACAAGUGAAUCUCCACUUUAGAUCUGAAAUCAUUGAAGGUAUACUGUGAUAAAUAUUUUCCUUUACACCAGUAUAUUACACGAGGCUGUAAAAAUAGUCCUUAUACUGUCCAAAAAAAAAACAGUGACGCGAAUAAUUUCGGUGGUGCAGGAUAUGUGCACUUUUAAUGUAGACCAUGAUUGCGUUCUAGUCAAUGUAUGUAUAAGGUGAGCUUUAAUCUCUCUGUAUGUAUUACAUAUUAUGUACAUAUGUAAUAUGUAUAUGUUGUAUAUUGUUCUAUAUUUAUAAAUUACAAAGCGCUGCAUUGCAAUAUGUACAUGACUGUAACAUAUAUUAGGUGCACCGUGUAACCUUCAUUUUUAAUAAGUAUAUAUACAUAUAUCAUGCUUAUAUUCAGAAACCGUAAUAUUCAUAUAUUUUUUUGGAAUUGUAAAUCUUAUGUGUAUUUAAUCUCCAGAAUUUUUUUAUUUGAAUUUUUUAAUCAUUGUUACCCUAGCUGGUUUACUGCAGAGUGCAGGUCUAAGUUGUAUCUAAUAUGUUAAAACGUCAAGACAAGCUUGUGCAUCAAUCUGAUGAUAUGAAAAGUUUCAAACUAGAUAAAUAUUGUAGUCUGAGAGUCCAUGAAGUCUGAAUCGUAAAUUGUUCAUGUUUGGCUGUGUAUUUCCAUGUACUUUAAUGGAUGGAUCUAUCAUGUGUAAUGUGAAAGUCUUAUAGUACUUUGCUUUUCCAAGCUUUUAAAUUCAAAGCAUUGUGCUUUAUGAUGCGAGAUGUAUCAAAAAACUAGCGAAAUUUAACCAUUGGCAGAAUUAUUAGAUGUCUUCCCUUUAAUUGCUUAUUGUGAAAAGGAGUUGAUCCAUUACGAUCUAAAAAGGACUAUGGCAUAUUGAAGCAUUGCAGGUAUACUGGUAAUUUAGGUGUGGGAAGUAAUUUAAGGUUAUGUAGAUUAACUCGCAAAAUGGCAACACUGAAUGGCAAAAUAAAAUCCACUCAUUUAAACAGGCUUUACCUGUAAUAUGUUGUGUCCCAAUUUCUGACUGCAAACUUAUAAACUUUUUGUGUUCUACGGAGUCACGGGUACCAUAUCAUUUUCACUUGAAUGUAUUUCACAUGACCACUUCUCCAUCUAUAUCACAUGACUUGUUUCCUUGGCAGCACCUGUAAACAUAGUAUCAUGUUAAUAUCAAUAUUGGUAAGGUUAUGAAUGUUGUUUUUUUUUUUUUUUUUUUGCUUGGAAAAUUACUUAAUUAAGGUGUACAUAUCCUAAUGCUUGUUUGUGAAAUAGUGAAACAAUCGAAAUAAGGAUGCUAGCUUUUAAUGGGCUCUACAGUCACCUGCCAACUUGUCCUUUAAAUGACACAUGAAAAGAAAUUUCAAGGGUAUUUUUUUUAAACAUUGUCAUUUCUUUAUAGUUUUACUGUUGUAUUUUUUUUAAUCUAAGAAAUGAAGUUUUAGUAAAACUAUUUAGAUUGUAUGUACACACUACCAUGUAAUUUAAGUUAGCUUCACCUUCAUGUGUCUUGUCAAUGAUUCAAAGUAGAAAAAAACUGCAUUUAUUUCCAAUUAAUGUAGUUUAAUUUAAUUGAUAACCAAAGAAAAUGUACAAAUGUAUUUGUUGCCAUCUUUUUAAAGAUGUCGGACAUACAUAAACAGAAGUAUAUAUCAACAUCACAAAAUCUUGCGUUUUCAUUACACAGCAUUAUAAAAAUACAUAAAAACUGGUUUGCAUGACAAAAUCUUAAUUUCAGCAGUUUCAAAAAAGUGUUACUUUAUAGAUAUAUAUGAUUAAUUGUGGAUAUUGGGGGAAAUCAUUGUACAAUAGGCAUACAAUAGAGAAAAUUUCAAGUAUAAGAGUUAUUGCCCUUGACAGCAUUUUUAUUUUAACUUCAUUAACAUACAAACCUUAUCAGUACCAAAUCUUUUAUUAUAUUCAGUAAAAUUCCUCCAAAAGAUAUAUUUCAAUCAUGCACAGUCAAAUUUUGCAAAAUCCUACGGCAACACAUGAAGGUAAAGCUACUUUAACAUAGCUGUUCAAAAAGUCCUCUGGAUUUUAAGCAUUGAUUUUCAUGGAACAAGCCAGGUCUUCUUAUCACCUGGCAGAGAGAUUGAGAAUUGCAGAUUAUUGUAAGUUAUUGUGUGCAUGAGUGAUUGUGAACUGUUGGAAUGAAUGACCUAGAAUAAAAGUGUAUUUCUAUAUAGUAAAAUUUGUCAAUAAAAUCGUAAUGUACA